AUGGCCACAGGUGCAAUUGACAUAUGGAGGAGGCGAUCUCUGAUGCGCAGCUGUGCCGCCAUGCUAUCUGUGCAGCGCGAGUUCCGCAGACAUUGCCCAGCAGAGGUGGAUAUGCUGCCAAUCCUAGAUCUGAGCGACGUUAAGACACUGGUGGGUUGGCGGAAGCUUAGACAACUUUGCAAUGAGUGGGGGAAGUUCUACCACGUUCGCAUUCGGGCCUUCACAGCCCAGUUUCUCUUCCUGAUGCUGCUUGUCGUCGGAGACCUGCUCACGGGCAUGCUGUUACCGGGGUACACAGAGUUCAGUGACGUGAGCGUGACCUCGAUGACGGUGUCUGCUGGCAUUUGCACGCUUCUGAUCUGCGGCAUCGUCCUCAUGGUCUUCUUGGGCAAUGAGGUGAACGCUUCAUACGAACGGCACGUGUACCUACUCUUUCGCCAGCGCAGCCUGAUGCUUGCUAUGAGUUUGGAGCAAUCGAAGAAGACAAAGCACUGCGAAAGCUUGCGACCGCUUCAUCCAGAAGCAUCGACGCUAGUCGAGUGCUCUGAGCUCAUCAGUGCUCUUUGUGAGGAGCUGGACUUUGAAGGCAAAGUGAAGCCCCUGACCCUCUUUGGCCUCCGCCUGGGCUGGUCCCUGCUCUCGGCACUGAACUUCAUUCCUUUGGGCAUUGCGACUACUGUUUUUAGCUUCUGCUCUGAGUCGGGACAAGACAGAUGCCGGCUCUGA